CCGACGCGUCUGGGAACCAAAACCCACGGAGCUCUCCGACUUCAACACCGGACCACCUCACUCUCCCUUUCCUCGGGUUGGAGGUCUACAACCGAGACUUUCACCUGGUUUCUAUUUUUCAUUCCUGAACCACUCCAAAGAAAUUCAUCCGUCUCCUCUUUAGCUUCAUUCAUGUGCUGCUGAGCCAGAGGAAGCUGAAGAUGAAGAGCAGGCUGUCUCUGGCGGUGGCUGCCCUCCUGGCACUGCUGCUGUCCACUCAGGCCCAGAGUCAAGUCAACCCUCCGUCAGAUUUGAGGUUUAAGAUUUUAAAUGAGAACACAGUGCAAAUGACCUGGACUAGACCACAGAUGAGGAUACAGGGCUACAGAAUACAAGUGACCUCAGACACAGGAGAAUCAACAAAAGAACUCACUCUGCCUGCAUCUGCAACCAAGACCUCCAUCUCAGACCUGAUUCCAGAUGUGUCUUAUGAAGUAACAAUAUCUGCGUACUCUGGAUCAGAGGAGAGUGUACCCGUCUCCGGCCAGCUUACAAUCGAGUCCAGUGGCAGCACAGGAGGAACUUCCAGGAAACCAGACGCCUCAGAUUCAGCCAAAUGCUCCUUCAGUGCCAUCGCCGAUCUAGUCUUCCUGGUCGACGGCUCCUGGAGCGUGGGCCGGCCAAACUUCAAAUACAUCCGCAACUUCAUCUCCGCCACCGCCGCAGCCUUCCAGAUCGGAGAGGACAAAACCAGAGUGGGCGUGGUCCAGUACGGCAGCGACCCCCGAACAGAGUUCAACCUGAACAAACACCUGACCAGACCGGCGCUGCUCCGCGCCAUCGGCUCUCUGCCGUACAAAGGAGGAGACACGAAGACAGGUGACGCCCUGAACUACCUCCUGACGAACAUGUUCACCGAGGAGGCCGGCACCAGGAGGGGUUUCCCCAAAGUGCUGGUGAUCAUCACAGACGGCAAAUCGGAGGACGCAGUGGAGAGCUACGCCAAGCAGCUCAGGAGCAGGGGGGUGGAGAUCUUUGUUCUCGGGAUUCAGCAGGCCGACUCAGAGGAGAUGAAGCUCAUGGCCUCCACUCCUCACAGACGACACAUCUUUAACGUCGCCAACUUUGACAUGAUCAAGAGUGUGCAGAAAGACUUCAUCAUUCAGGUGUGUGCCGGCGUGGACGAUCAGCUCAACUCACUCGUCAGCGGAGAAGAAGUUGUGGAGCCAGCCUCCAAUCUCCAAGUCCUCGAAGUGGCCUCAAAGUCCAUCCGGGUCACAUGGGACUCCUCUAUCGGAGAGGUUUCUGGAUACAAGGUGCAGAUGCUCCCCAUGAUGACCGGCAGCAAGCGGCAGGAGCUCUACGUGGGCGCGGGUCAGACCUCGGUGGUGGUCAGAGACCUGUCUCCGGACACUCAAUACCAGAUCAGCCUGUACGCUCUGAAGGGCCUGACGCCCAGCGAUCCUGUCACCAUCAUGCAGAUGACAGAGCCUGUGAAAGUGUCAGUGGAAUGUUCUCUCGGCGUGGACGUCCAAGCCGACGUCGUCCUCCUCGUCGACGGAUCCUACAGUAUCGGUCUGGCUAACUUCGCCAAAGUCCGAGCUUUCCUGGAGGUGCUGGUGAACUCCUUCGACAUCGGGCCCGGUAAGGUCCAGAUAAGCUUGGUCCAGUACAGCAGGGACCCCCACACUGAGUUCUACCUGAACACCCACCACGACCUGAACGCCGUUGUCAAGGCCGUGAGGACUUUCCCGUACCGCGGCGGCUCCACCAACACCGGCAGGGCCAUGACGUACGUGAGAGAGAAGAUCUUCCAGGACGUCAGAGGAGCCCGUCCCAACGUUCCCCGCAUCACCAUCCUCAUCACCGACGGGAAGUCCUCCGACGCCUUCAGGGAUCCGGCGACCAAACUGCGGAAGGCUGAUGUGGAGAUCUUUGCAGUCGGCGUAAAGGACGCCGUACGAUCGGAGCUGGAAGCCAUCGCCAAUUCACCCGUAGACACCCACGUGUACACCGUGGAGGACUUUGAUGCAUUCGAGAGGAUUUCCAAAGAACUCACACAGUCCAUCUGCCUGAGGAUCGAGCAGGAACUACAGAUCAUCAAGAAGAAAGGUAUGGUCCAGCCGAGGGCGCUGUCCUUCUCCGAGGUCGGCCCCAGGAGCUUCAGGACCUCCUGGGAAAUCGACGCCACCAGCGUUGAGUCCUUUAUGGUUCAGUUCAAGCCAGCAGAUGAAAUCGACGGUCAUUACAUCUCCAUGUCAGUACCCGGGGACACGCUCAACACCCUCCUCCCUCACCUCACCCCUCUCACCCGCUAUGAAGUCAACGUCUACGCCCAGUACGACAAGGGGGACAGCCUGCCUCUGACCGGCUAUGAGACCACUUUAGAAGAGCUGGGCUCUGUGCAGAACCUCAGAGUAUCCGAAGAGACCACAGACAGCUUCAGGGUGUCAUGGGAUCCAGCACCAGGAGCCGUGACUCGCUACAGGUUGACCUACGAACCCGUCGGGGAUGGAAGCAGAAGGAUGGAGACGGCUACUGUCGGAGCAGAGACGACCAAGGUGCUGCAGGAGCUGCUGCCUAAAACCACCUACAGGGUCACCGUCAUCCCUGAAUACAGCGCCGGGUCCGGAGUGCCGCAGCAGACUGACGGCACCACCAAAGAAGUCAGGGGCUCCCCUCGUGACCUGAGAGUUUUUAACGAGACCACGUCCUCCAUGAAGGUGUCCUGGGCGGCAGCCCCGGGGAAUGUGCUUCAGUACCGUGUGGCGUUCAGACCGACUGCAGGCGGCGCCAGAAAGGAGCUGUCAGUGAAGGGGGACAACACGGCCACUGUCCUGAAGAACCUGCAGCCUGGCACCCAGUACGACAUCUUUGUUAGUGCUCGAUACCAGACCGGCCUGGGGGACGCCCUGGAAGGACGAGGCAGCACACUCGAAGAGGGAGGUCCACCUGCGAACCUGGUCACCGGCGAUGUCACCGACACCAGCUUCUCGGUGUCCUGGACGGCAGCGCCCGGUAACGUGAAGAUGUACCGGCUUCGGUGGAAGUCUCAGUUCUCCGAAGAGACCGGAGAGAAAACGGUGCCGGGAGACAUGACCAACACGGUGCUGGACGGUCUGACUCCAGAGACGCUCUACCAGGUUUCUGUGGUCGCCGCCUACGGUCACAAAGACAGCGAGACGCUCACCGGACAGGAAACUACUGACGCCUCCGCUGCAGGUAAAAAACUGACCGUGUCCGACGAGACCGAGCGGUCCAUGAAGGUCACAUGGAUGCCGGCGCCGGGCAAGGUGGUCAACUACCGUCUGAAGUACACUCCCAUCGGUGGAGGGAAAGAGAUGGUCCUCAGGAUCCCCGGGACGCUCACCUCCACCGUCAUGAAGCGCCUGCAGCCCAUGACCACGUACGACAUCUCCGUUCACCCCAUCUACAAGCGCGGGGAAGGAAAAGCAAGGCAAGGAGUAGGAACGACACUGUCGCCCUACAAGGCUCCCAGGAACCUGCAGACCUCAGAGCCAAGCAAGACCAGUUUCAGAGUCACCUGGGAUCCAGCGCCUGGAGAUGUUAAGGGCUACAAAGUGACCUUUCACCCCACUGGGAAUGAUAUUGACCUUGGGGAGCUCAAGGUUGGGCCCUACGAUAACACAGUGGUUCUAGAGGAACUCAGAGCGGGAACAAAGUACACAGUGUCUGUGUUUGGGAUGUUUGACGGAGGAGAGAGUAUGCCGCUGGCUGGAGAGGAGAAAACGACCCUCAUGGAUGCUCCUGAGCCUCCUCCUCUGGAUACUUCUGAAACUCAGUGUAGGACCUCAGCCAAGGCCGACAUAGUGCUGCUGGUCGACGGCUCCUGGAGUAUCGGCCGCAUCAACUUCAAAACCAUCCGCAACUUCAUCGCUCGCAUGGUCGGCGUGUUUGAGAUCGGGCCUGACAGAGUGCAGAUUGGUCUGGCUCAGUACAGUGGAGACCCAAAGACCGAGUGGCACCUGAACGCCCACCCGACCAGGGAGUCUCUGCUGGAAGGCAUCGCUAAUCUGCCGUACAAAGGAGGCAACACAAUGACAGGUUUGGCCCUGAACUACAUCCUGGAAAACAACUUCAAAGCCAGCGUGGGGAUGCGAGAGGACUCACGCAAAAUCGGUGUCCUGAUCACUGACGGAAAGUCCCAGGACGAGAUCAUCAUGAAGUCUCAGAGCCUGAGGGACAGCGGCAUCGAGCUUUACGCCAUCGGUGUCAAGAACGCUGACGAGAACGAGUUGAGAGCUAUUGCCACGGACCCCGAUGACAUCCACAUGUACAACGUCAAUGACUUCCAGUUCAUGCUGGACGUGGUCGAUGACCUCACCACCAACCUGUGUAACAGCGUCAAAGGACCAGCGCUCGAACUGGAGGCACCCACCAACCUGGUGACCUCGGAGGUGACCCACCGCUCCUUCCGCGCCGCCUGGACGGCGCCCGGUGGACCAGUCGACAAGUACCGAGUCACCUACACGCCUGUGGCUGGAGGAAUCACACAGGAGCUGCUGGUGGACGGCUCAGUGUUGACCACAGUCCUGGAGGGUCUGACCCCCCUGACCGAGUACGUGGUCAAUGUUUACGCCAUGGUUGGUGAGAUGAGCACCGAGCCUCUGAAAGGCACCGAGACCACCUUGCCGCUGCCAUCCCCGAGGAACCUGAACGUCUACGAUGAGAGCUCCACCACCAUGAGGGUGAGAUGGGAGGAGGUCGGCGGAGCCACGGGUUACAUGCUUCUUUACAAAUCCAUCAACGCCUCCGAGCCCCAGCAGGAGAGGGAGGUACGUGUUGGAGGCGACGUCACAUCCGUCCAGCUGGAGAAGCUGAUACCGUCCACCGCCUACGCCAUCAGACUGUUCGCCCUGUCUGGAGAAGCUGCCAGCGUCCCCCUGGAAGGGACCGGAGUCACCUUGCCCACGGCUCCUGCUGGAGUCCUGAGGAUCUCCGACGUGACUCACAGCGCCAUGAAGCUCAACUGGGACGCUGCACCCGGAGCCGUCCUCAAAUACAUCAUCAACUAUAAACCAGAUGAAGGAGACCUGAAGGAGGCGGAGGUGGAUGGAGGUAUCACCACUCUGGAUCUGACCAGCCUGAUCUCCCAGACUGAAUACGACGUGGCCGUCACUCCGAUCUACGACGAGGGACCCGCAACCGUGAUGCUCGGGAGCGCCAUCACAGACGUCGUCCCCGCCCCCAAAAACCUGCAGUUCUCUGAGGUGACGCAGAACUCGUUCAGAGCCACGUGGGAGCACGGGGCCCCUGAUGUGGCCCUCUACCGCAUCGGCUGGACCAAGAAGGGAGACUCCAACGUCCAGUUUGCCAUCCUGAAUAGCGACGAGAACACCCACGUGCUGCCAAACCUGGACGCCGACACCGUGUACUCAGUCACCGUCACCGCCAUCUACCCGGACGAGUCAGAGAGCGAGGACCUGAUGGGAGACGAGCGAACAUUGUUGAGAUCUGCAGAGGUGCCUCCUGCGCCGCCUCGUAACCUGAGAGUCUUUAACGCCACCAUCUCCUCGCUGUCUCUGAAAUGGGACGCGGCUCCCGGUCCCGUCCAGAACUACAAGAUCUCCUACAAACCGGUCACUGGAGGAGAGCCUAUCACGACACAGGUCGGAGGGAAGAAGACCAACACCAUCCUGCAGAAGCUGGAGCCCGACACUCAGUACUCCGUCAGCGUGGCCGCCGUGUACCCGACCGGGGUCAGCAAAGACAUCACCGGAGAGGGACAGACCAAGGCUCUGGGCGGCGUGAAGAAUCUGCAGGUCACCGAACCAACCACCAGCUCCCUGAAGGUGCGCUGGGAGCCGGCGGAGGGGAACGUCCGCCAGUACCGCAUCUUCUAUAUUCCUGCAACAGGAGGCGCCGAGGACAUGGAGCAGGUGUCGGGCGGCACCACCAACACCGUGCUGAGGAACCUGCUGUCGGACACGCCCUACACCGUGACCGUGGUCCCAGUUUACCCCGAGGGAGAAGGUCUUCGCAUGUCGGACAAGGGGAAAACACUCCCACGCACGCCACCCAAGAACAUCCAGGUGUACAACCCCUCCCCCAACAGCCUGAACGUGCGCUGGGAGCCCGCCUCAGGCCAGGUUCAGCAGUACCGGGUGGCUUACUCCUCCCUGACCGGAGGAAGACCCAGCACGGGGACGGUCAUGGUUCCAGGAUCCAUCAGCAACGCCUUCCUGGACAACCUGAUCCCCGACACUCCUUACUCUGUGUCUGUGUCGGCUCUGUACGCAGACGGAGAGGCAGCGCCGAUCAAAAGCACCGGGAAAACACUGCCUCGUGCCGGUCCUAGGAACAUGCGUGUGUUCGAUGCCACCACCAACACCCUGACCAUCGGCUGGGACCACGCAGAGGGUCCUGUGAGGCAGUACAAGAUCGCCUACGCCCCCCUGACCGGAGACCCCAUCACUGAGUUUGCCACAGUUCCAGGAAACAGAAACAACGCCAUGCUGCAGGGUCUCUUCCCCGACACGCCGUACAACAUCACCGUGGAGGCGGUCUACGCCGAGGGCCCCGGAGGAUCCCUCAAUGGAAACGGACGCACACUCGGCCUCUUGAGUCCCAGGAACCUCCGCGUCUCAGAUGAGUGGUACACUCGGUUCAGGGUGGCCUGGGACCCGGUGCAGGCUCCUGUUCAGGGCUACAGACUGACCUACUCUCCUGCAGGAUCUCAGACCCCCGUAGAUUUCUUCGUGGGCGAUGUGACCUCGUACACUCUGCACAACCUGCAGCCUGGAACCACCUACGACGUGAAGGUGGUCGCUCAGUACACUGGUGGCAUGAGCGGACCGCUCGCCGGACAGGGAACAACACUCUACCUGAACGUGACCAACAUCGAGUCCUACGACGUCGGCCACGACAAGUUCUGCAUCAAGUGGACCCCUCACAGGGCGGCCACAUCCUACCGGAUCAAACUCAACCCUGCAGACCCCUCCAGUAGAGGAGCUCACGAGAUCACCAUCCCGGCCGGUCUCCCUCAGCACUGCUUCGACGGACUGUCACCGGACGCUCUUUACACCGCCACCGUCUUCGUCCAGACCCCGAACCUGGAGGGACCUGGAGUCAGCACCAAGGAGAGAACGCUGGUGAAGCCGACUCCGGUUCCAACGCUCCCUCCAACACCGGCCCCUCCUCCCACCAUCCCCCCGGCGUGGGCAGUUUGUAAAGGAGCCAAAGCAGACGUGGUGUUCCUCAUCGACGGCUCGUGGAGCAUCGGUGACGAGAGCUUCUCCAAGGUCAUCAACUUUGUCUCCAGCAUGAUCGGAGCCUUCGACGUCAUCGGACCCUCAGGGAUGCAGGUUUCCUUUGUGCAGUACAGCGACGACGCAAAGACCGAGUUCAGACUCAACGCCUACCAGGACAAAGGCAUCCUGAUGUCUGCCGUCACUCAGAUCCGCUACAGAGGAGGGAACACCAAGACAGGCGUGGCCCUCAAACACACCUACGAGAAGGCGUUCUCCGUGGAGAACGGGAUGAGGAGGAACGUGCCGAAGGUGGUCGUGGCCAUCACAGACGGACGCUCCCAGGACGAGGUGAAGAAGAGCGCCGCCAAGCUGCAGCACGCAGGCUACAGCGUCUUCUCCAUCGGAGUCGCUGACGUGGACUUCGUGGAGCUGCAGGAGAUCGGCAGCAAACCCAGCGACAGACACGUCUUCGUCGUGGACGACUUCGACGCUUUCGACACCAUCAAAGAAAACCUGGUCACCUUCAUCUGUGAAACUGCUUCAUCAUCUUGUCCCCUCAUCUUCCUGAACGGAUUCACGUCUCCAGGCUUCAGGAUGCUCGAGGCGUUCAACCUCACAGAGAAGACUUACAGCUACACUAAAGGCGUCUCCAUGGAGCCCGGCUCCUUCAACAGCUUCACCGCGUACAGACUCCACAAGAACGCCUUCCUGACACAGCCCUCCACAGAGAUCCACCCUGAAGGUCUCCCCCACGCCUACACCAUCAUCCUGAUGUUCCGCCUCCUCCCCGACUCUCCCUCCGAGGCCUUCGACAUCUGGCAGGUGUCGAACAAAGACAACCAGCCAGAGACCGGCGUCACCAUCGACCCCUCCAGUCAGACGGUCUCCUUCUACAACAAAGACGAGCGCGGUGAGAUCCAGAGAGCGACCUUCAACAGCGAUCCAGUCAAGAGGAUGUUCCAUGGAAGUUUCCACAAGCUCCACAUCCUGGUCUCAUCCACCGGCGUCAAGCUCAACAUCGACUGCCAAGAAGUGGCCGAGAAGGAGAUCAAGGCCGCUGGAAACACGUCCAGUGACGGCUACCAGGUCCUGGGCAAGAUGUCUAAGUCCAUGGGGUCCAAGGGAGACUCAGCAACUUUCCAGCUCCAGAUGUUUGAUAUUGUGUGCAGCUUGGGAUGGACCAGCAGGGACAGAUGUUGUGACCUCCCAGCCACGAGAGACGAGCUGAAGUGUCCGUCUCUUCCAAACUCCUGCACCUGCAUCUCAGAGGCCAACGGUCUGCCCGGUCCUCAGGGCCCAGUGGGCGCCCCCGGCAGCAAAGGCCCUCGAGGUGAAAGAGGAGAAGCAGGUUCUGCUGGACCCAUCGGCCCCCGGGGAGAGAACGGACCACCUGGGCCCAUGGGUCUGCCCGGCCCUCAAGGACCCAUCGGCCUGUCGAUUCCUGGAGAGGCUGGCCGACCCGGACCAAAGGGAGACCACGGAGACUCUGGCUUACCUGGACAGAAAGGCUCACCUGGAACUGUUGGUCCUUCCGGCCCGAUGGGAUCCUCUGGAGUGAGGGGCCCUCAAGGAAAGGACGGACCAGCUGGACCCCGAGGCCCCGCAGGACCCAUGGGACCCCCAGGAUCUCCUGGAUUAUCAGGUGCUGCAGGAAAACCAGGAAACAACGGAGACACUGGAACCCCUGGCUCCAUCGGUCCGAAGGGGGACAAAGGAGAGAGAGGAGACUUCGCUCCUCAGAACAUGAUGAGAUCCAUCGCCAGACAAGUCUGUGAGCAGAUCGUCACCUCACAAAUGACCCGAGUCAACACGCUACUGAACCAGAUCCCCAACGGCCAGUACCGCAGCAACAACCCGGGUCCUCCAGGACCUCCAGGAUCUACUGGACGACAGGGACCCCGCGGAGAGCCCGGCGGUACAGGAAGGAGCGGUUUCCCUGGAAAUCCAGGACCACCAGGCCAGCAGGGAGAGAGAGGUCCUCAAGGAGAAAAAGGAGAACGAGGAACGUCAGGAGUCGGACAGAAAGGAUCGAGAGGACCUGCUGGUCUACCAGGAGAGAGCAGGACAGGACCUCCAGGACCUCCAGGCUCUGCUGGACCUCGCGGUCCUCCCGGACGUGGAGGAUACGCCGGAAUCCGCGGCCCCCCCGGACCUUCUGGAUACUGUGACUCUUCUCAGUGCGUCGGUAUCCCUUACAACGGGCAAGGAUACGGAGCAGGCAACACCCGAGUAGUCCCCGCCCCCGAGGAGGAGGACGUCUCGCUAAACCAGCGCCGAAAGAGGUCACUAUCAAGGAAGGCGCCAACGUCAUAAGACGAGCCGUGUUCUGUUUGUUUUUCUUUUGUUUUCUCGUUCCACCUGUGUGUGUUGUUGGAUUUCUGCACAUCAUUCAUUCACAAAGCCGGGGUUUGACACCUCGCUGUAACUGGGAAAGACCUUUGCAACGCCUUGAAACGUGUGAAUAUUCCUUUUUUCUGGAAGGUGAAGGGUUUGGAAGGAGGAGGGAGGGAGAUGCAGGGUGACUGACUUUAAAUUUAAGACUUCAGAUUCCAUUAAAAACCUGUGAGCUUUCUUUUUUUUUUCCACUUGCUUGUAACAUAUUUGCAUCCAUGUGUCUGAACGAGGUCACGGCUGUGAGGGAGACGUCAGUCACAGCGUUGGAGGUUCAGUCUCUUUGGGAUCACACGGCAGUUAAACACAGCUUUUGUAUCUCUUAAUAUUUAUCAGUUUUACUUUAUUCCAUCACAGCUAACUUUAACAAAAACGUGGAAUUGCAUGUCUGUGGUGUAUAUUUAGAACAUGUUUGUUGUUUACGUUUCUUUUGUUUUAACCAGAAUAUAGUUGUUGUCAAUCUUGUCAUUUCUCUCAGUAUCAGAAGCAGUCAGGAAAGUUAAACUGCGUGCAAGACUAUGGAAAUGGUGUUGCUGCUUCUUGUUUGAGCUGCAGAUUGUGAAUUCCACAGCCUUAUUUUCUUAUUUAUUUCUGAAAACAGAAGAGGCAUUUUUCAAUAAAACUACUGAAAAUUUA